AAUGCCACGCCUAAAAGUAAAAUUGGAAUUAAAAUGUCAAGCGAGCAUACAACAGUACGUCUUGUAACGAAGCUAGCAGAGAAGCUCUCUGAUUAUGCAAAGAGAAACCAAGAGGGAAAUAACAAUGAAGGAAAGGAAAGAAAAAUACAAAAAAUAUUGCAGCAAUUGACCACAAUUCACAUGUCACUGGACAUACUACAAGUAACUGGUAUUGGCAAGAUAGUUAACUCGUUACGUAAGAGAGACGGUGACGUUGGUAGGAGGAGCAAAGAACUAGUCCGUCAAUGGAAGCAACUUCUUCCCUCGACUACCGAAGAACCAUCAACUUCUGUCCCUCCUAGUCACACUGUAGCUGUUCCUAUCCCUCCUAUUGUAACUCCUCCUACUGCUCCUCCUCCCCCUCCUUACCUCCCGUCAAGCAUAGAGGAUGAGAGAGUAUUGUCUAGUGAUGCUAUACAAAGAAAGAGAAAAGCACCAGUGCUAGUGGCUGAUAAUAGUGAUUCUAUUAGCAUGGCAUUAUCAAAGAGAUCCAGGACUAAAGUAUAUUCUGGAAAAUCUACCGGAAUGAAAUAUGUUCCAAGUCUUUUCGAUAUGUGCAUGAAUGUACUAGUGAAUAAUAUUGAAGCAAUUUAUGAAGUUGGUGGUGUACCAUUCUUUAUACUGGAGCCUGUCCUUGUAAAGUGUACACCCACACAAUUAAUGAGAUUAGAAGAGUUGAAUCCACAUUUUUUAGAAGACAGCGACAGUUUGUGGCAGAAACACACACAAAAGCUAUUCAGAGAUGCCACACCUAGUGAAGGACAGUCUUGGAGAGAUCUAUACCUAGAAAGACUAGCUAAUAGAGAGGAGAAGAUGAAAUCAAUCACAAGCUCAAUUAAAGCAAGACAGCAAGCAAGAGAAGAGCCAGUAAGAAAAGUUGCGAUGCUACAAACAUCAAGCCCACUGCCUCGGAGUAGAGCAAGAGGAUGGGGAGGAGGAGGAGGGUACCAGCGUAGGGCGGGUUCUUUAUCAGCUGGUGCAAGCUCUGGAGGAGGAGGAGGUGGAUCUAACCUAAUGAAGCAAACACUUAAAAUGGCUAAGAACAGACAAUCGAUGCUUUCAUCAAGAUUUGGAAGAAAAUAGAAAAGUAAACAUAUUAGCGUUAUUGCAAUACAAUGUGAAAUUAUAAUUUUAUACCAUCUCUUGUAUUAUAAAUAAUUAUAAUUAAUUUUAUUAAAUAAUAAUUAUUAAUUUUUGAUACAAAGUUCAUGAAAUCUCAUCAAGCUCGCUUGCACUGCGUUUUCCAAGAGAGCCAUCAUCAUCACGACCAAGCAUCAUUAUUAUUAAUAACUAUUAUUAUUCAUUUAUAAUUUUUAUUUAUUGUCAUUAUGAAUGGUAUGUACUGCUUUGAGCACUUCUUGUGGAUCUACAUAAUCGC